GAGGGCGCGAAAGUCAAGAUGGCGGACGGCGAAGACGAAAACUUCAGCGAUCCGUAUGCAGUAUCCACGGAUGAAAAAGGCCCAGAAGACUACGUUCGUGUUCAGGUGGUCGUCCUGGGACUACAGGCGAAGAAUACACUGCAAGGAUUCAAGAUGGUCAAGAAACCAGCUAAUUUUACUGUUGAUGUUAAAUACGAGGAGAGGUCCUUCACCCUUUUGGUUUUUGCCAAAGAUAAAGACAAAAAGAAGAAUCCCAGUCUGAAGAACUGCAAAGUGCAUAUCAAGAAACUGCCAGAUGAAAUCAUUCCAUCUGACUGCUAUUAUAAGGUCGACAAGGAACUUAUAACAAUAUUUCUGCACAAAGCGAAGUCCAGGUCCUGGGAGCGAGAUCUUGCUACACAUGGCUUAGACACAUAUACAGAAGAAGAUGGUGUCUCUAGCUAGUUAUAUUGGUCAACUAGCAUCAUGCAUGUGAUAUCUUUUAUGAAGAUUUUCUUGAUGAUGGAGUAAACCCAUUUUCUGUGUAUCCAUCUAUUUUACAUUAUGACAAGGUUGUUUUAUGCAUGUUUGUUGUUAUGUAUGUCACUUGGUGCAGUGUGCAUCUGGGGUCAAGUAAUGACAGUGGUACUUAAGUCAUGUUAUAGGUGCUAACAGAUAUAUCUUCAUAAAUGUUUUCUAUUUUACAAGGACUAGGAGCAAUUGUUCUCAUCAAAUUUAUUAAACAUUGUUAAGUAUUAUGAAUCACUACGUAACAGCAUUGAAAUUGAUAACAAUUUGUGUCAGCUUUUUAGAACAUUUU